UUCCGCCCUAAAUGGGGUGGAAAGAAAUGAAGGCUCAAUGACUCCGGAAGUCGAUGGCUUGAGUGAACCUAUCGAUUAUGAGCCGGCAGGAGAGCAAGAAGGAAUCUCACCGUCCUUCUGUUGCGCGCGCUUGGGCCAGUUCCAGGCGAAACCCACAGGAACCUUUAAUAUGGAGCAGAAUUCUGAACAAAAGAAGGAUGUCUCUUUUUCUGGUUGCCUGAGUUUUCCAAAUUCUUCAGCAAGAUUGCAGCCUACAAGACACUCGGCCAUUUGGACAAACAAAGAAAUAGUCAACUUUUCAGAUCAACCCAUAACCAACUUAAAUGUUAUACAAACAGAAUAUGCUAAGACUUUGCAUUUAAAGAAUAUUGCUGUGCCUGACAAUGAUGAAAGGAUAAGUACUUCUACUGAAAAACAAGAAGAAAAAGUCAACUCUACGACUACUAAACUAGAUAAAGAAAAGAACAUUGCAUUUCUUUUAAAUGAAUUGGAUGUUCUAAGGGCAAACAAUAAGAAGCUUCAGGAUCAGCUGUGUGAAAAAGACAAGGAACUGAAGGCACUAAAGCUGGACUUAGAGCUACACAAGAGUGUAGCAGAAGCUAAGAUUGCAGAAACGGCUGCAGCUGUGGUAGAAGAAAUUCAUUCCGCACAACACGAACAUGAUGAAGCCAUCAUGGCUAGACUGAAGUUGGCCAGUGAAGAGAGAAAUGAUGCAUGUAAACAAGUAAGGCUACUGGAACAACCUCUUGAAACGCUAGAAAAUAUUAACCCUGAAGAAAAUGACAUGACAUUACAGGAAUUACUGAACAGAAUAAACAAUGCAGACACCGGUAUGGCAAUAUGGAAGACAGGAGCUAUAAUUGUCGAUCGCAUAUACAGGACCCAGAAACAGAAAAAGAAAAUAACAGCUGAAGAAAUUAAUGCAUUGAUAGAAGAGAGAGAUACUGCACUGGUUCAAUGCAAACGGCUGGAGCAGGAGCUUCAUCAUAUGAAAGAGCAGAACCAGACUUCUGCAAACAACCCUAGACAUCUGACUGCUAAAAACAAUCAAGAACGUGCUCUGAAGGAAAAAUUACUUGCUAUGCAACAAGAGAGAGAAACUGCCAUUCAUCAGUAUAAAAAUCUAGAAGAAGAACUGCAGACUCUUCGUAUUUAUUACAGUUUGCAUCAAGCGCUAUCCCAAGAAGCAAAUCUUAAGAAUCAGUUCAACUCCACACUUAUAACAUAUGAAAAAGCUUUGAAAAAUAAAGAUGAUAUUGUCUCCAUGCUCCUUCUUCAAAAUGAGGAGCUGGUAACUCAGCUCCAGCAAAUGGCAGCAGAGAAAACAAGUAUAGAAUUAAAAUUUCAGCAAGCUUCAGAUGCUUUGCAAGAGACCACCGAAAAACUUCAAAAAUUGCAAAGACUGGUGGACGUCCUAAGGAAGAAGAUUGGAGCAGGGUCCAUUAGGAUGGUGAUCUGAUAGAAAGCACCAGUCUAAGGAAGCAUUCACAUCUGGAGACCAGGCUGCUUCAUUCAGUGCUAUGUAAACAUUAGAGCUUUAACUUAGCAAACAGUUGUUAGAAGUGGGACACUCCAACGACAUUCCAAGCUGAGAUAAAAUCAAAUCAUAAAUGUUUAACCACUUGGCUGCUGAGAUCUGAGAUUUAUCCAAAGGUAUUUGGUCAAAUUUACUUUUGUAGCAGAUCUAUUUUGAUACAUUUAGUGAACCGUGCGGUUGUCUGCGAGACUGUGUUUAAUGGUCAAUUGUUCUUUAUGGAGUUCUUGCUGUUUAUUUCUAAUUUACAGUACAAAAUACUAUAGAGUGUUCCUAAGCUCUUACAUUCCCUGAAUUGAGUAGAAAUUUUUAAAAUUGGCAAAAGAUGCUUAAAUGUAAGAUGCUUCUAAUUAAAAAGGGAAACCCAGAAGAAAAAUUAUAUAUUGCUAAUAUGCUGUCAAUUGUCAUAUUACCUCCUAAUGCAGGGAUGUCAAACUCCCAACGUCACGUGACGUGUCACGGCGUAUCGUGACUUUUUCCUCAUUGCUGGAGCUGGGGUGGCCGCGAUUUCGGCAUAACGCAUUCGGGCCGCGGGACAGCAGUUUGACAUUCCUGUCCUAAGGUAUAUUGAUUUUCUAUCAGUGCUCUGUGAGUAAAUGAGAAUAUUCACCUGCCAGACAGGGGCAUAUAUGCUGGGUUGUUUGUUUAUUUUGAAUAUUUUAUAUGGUUGUUGUUUGCCUAAAUUAAUAAAAAAAUAAAAUAAAAUAGCAGUUUAAUUAUACUUAAGGUUGACAGAUGAAAAUCAAUGACACAUGUAAGUACUGUAUACUCUACACCAUUUCAGACACUAUCAUGAAUCUUAAGAAAUGCAAAUUGCUCUAAAAAGUAAAAUGAAACAUUUAUUCCCCCAAAUAACUUGGAAGAUAUGAAGUUGUAAAACAGCAGAUAUUCAUUAUAUUAAUGACUGUUCUAUGCACUGUACAGAUCAAACUAACAUGGUUAUUCUUGAAGGAGAAAUAGAAUAAAUAUGUUUUUAAAAAUCCAGUGAUUUCAUCUUCAACUUUCACUUUUGUUGUAAAACUUUAUAAAAUCUUCUGCAUAGUUUUUAAGAUGUAUAAGUCUAUCCAACUCAAACAGUGUGAUUCUGGACAGUGUAAGGCAUAAAAAACAGUAAAUUUUUAAAAAGAACUACCAUCCAUACAAAAUAUAAAAUAUAAUAUGGUGACCAAGUAUGCAAGAAACAACCAAAAGGGGACUCUCUAUUGGAUCCUAAUGCCUUGGAAAAUACACUGUUAUAUCAAAGAAUAUAGGUUGCUUAUUCCUUCCAUAAAUACAUUUUUAUUUUUUUACUUUAAUAAAUAUAUCCUUACCCAGGUGCCCUGCUAAAGUUAAUAGCAGCAGGGAUCUUUAGUUUGAUGCCUUUUUGCUAUAUUUGUAAGCAAAUGAAAGCAAAGAUAAUAGUAAUAAGUGCAAUUACAAAGCAUCUGAGGCAUCACCUGAACACCAUCGGCAUUGACAAAAUCACUAUCAGUCAAUUGCAAAAGGCAGCUUUGCUUGGAACAGCUUACAUCCUGUGAAAAUAACACCAUCAAACACCAUCUACAUCUCUCAGGUCUUGAUAGGUGAUAAAAAUGCCGAAUCCAGUCUGAACAUCCAGCUGACUCUGCAGUGAACCAUAAUAUAAAUGAAUAGUAUUUUUAAACAUUUUGGUUUAUUUUAAGAGGAAAAGAGGAACCAAAAGAUGUUGGAAGCAAUAUUAUAGAUAUGGUUGGACUUCAGAGCCAAAAUUCAGGAGGUUCCAGUGGGUAGCUAAAGAGUAAGUUCAUUACUGUCCCAUUGCAUGCCAUUUUCUGGGUGGCUAUUAUAGGAGCCAAAAUUUCAAUCAAAAAAUCCAAACCUAGCUACACCAUUCUUCCAGUCUCUUGGAAACAGCUCCCUACAACUCCUACCGUAAGGAAACAACUUCAUUCUCUAAUAGGUGUGACACCAGUUCCUCAGCUCUGACUUACACCUCUGAUUCAGCUCCUCAUUCUCUCUCACAACCGUCUUAUAGCUAUAGCAUGAUGACACUGAGCCCAAAUUGACUUAAGUUACCUGGUUUGAAUAGAAUUUGUGAGACUAUUUCUAAUUUUGCACUGAAAAUGAUUUUCCUUUUUUCAAAGUUCAAAGGAAGAUACUUUUCCUAUCAUCACUACCCCACUGGCAAAGAUAACAAAUUUAACUACCACUGUGUGUAGUGUUACUAUUACUUCAGUGCUACAUAGAGAUAUUGUGUAUUUUUCUGUGGGAUUCCACAGUGAGCUGUGAGCCAUCCAUGGUCAUGUCAUGGUAAAAUAUGUAAAUAGCAUCACAUUUCAGAGUAAGAAUGUCAUUAAAGCUUUUCAGCACUGUAAUUAGAUUCAUGGUAAGCUUUCCCUAAGCCCUUACUAAUUAACUAUAUUGCAACAAGUCAACUUGAACAGAGAACAACCGAGGACCUUUACCUAUCCAACAAUGUUCCCUAUGCAGCCCCAAAUCAUUAUAUGACCAUGCUAAUUUGUACAAUAAAAACCCUAUCUCUCAAUCCUGAUGUCCUCUUACAUCUUCAAGGAGAGCACUGGGUAUACAGCAUAUCAAAUGCUUACUCAGCCUAAACAUAUAGGGUCUUGGGUUUCUCUUUGAAGUUGUUACUUUCUAAUCAUUCUAAAUAUUUUUAAUCUGCUGGUGAAACCAGCUGUACCCAAUCUGGAAUGUCCUUUAGAUCAACUUUUCCCAAUUUGGUACUCCCCAGAGCUUUUGAACCUCAUCUCAGAGGUUCACCACCCAGAGCCGUGGUAGCACAGUGGUUAGAAUGCAAUAUUGCAGGCUUUAAAUCUGCUGACUGCCAGCAGUUCGAUUCUUCCUGGCUCAAGGUUGACUCGGCCUUCCAUCCUUCCGAGAUCGGUAAAAAUAAAAUGAAGAUCCAGAUUGUUGGGGGCAAUAUGCUGACUCUGUAAAACCCUUUAAAGCAGGCUGUAGAGCACUAUGAAGCAGUAUAUAAAUCUGAGAGCUAGUGCUAGUGCUAUCUCCUAUAAUGCUGGUUAGGAAUUAAGGGAUUGAAUGAAUCUGGAUGCAUUGAAUUAAGGAAGUUCUCAUAGAUAGUAGUGCUUUUUCCACUGAUUGUGAUGCAGGUGCCACAGUGUUAUGUAAGUUGAGCCAUAUGGACUGUGACUCUGAAUCAGCUUAACACUUAUAUUAUUGGGGCUGAUUAGCAACCACGUUUUUCUUAGGCAAAGGGACAACAAAAUCUGCUUCAUUGGGGAAGUCCAUAGUUCAAUAUAUACUCCCAAUAAAACAAUAUUUUGCGACAUAACUGAACAAAGUAUAUCAGUCCAAGAAAUAUUGUGGAAAAGAAUCAAAACUACUUUGAAAAUAUGGGGCUUGUUUGGAUAUGUUAUUGCUUUGGUCCUUAGUAAAUAAUGUGAGAGGAGAUAAUUGGAGAAUUUCAGAAAUGGGCUUUAUUGGGACUAGAUGCCUCAUUUCUCUUUAUCUGCUUCAGUGGAAAAGCUGGUAAUCAUGGCUCUGAAGGUGGACAAUGAAGCAUAGUGUGGAUUGAGAUUCAACCUGCAAAUAGGGAAUUCUCCUUGAUUAUCUACUCCACACCUUGAGUUCAGAUCCCAAAUCAAUAGGAGACUGACAUCUAGUCCAUAUAUAAAAUGUACAUAUCUAGCAACUGAAAUAGUGCUGCAGUUAAAACUGUUUUAAUAAUUCUUAAUUCUUUAAUUCUUUUGACUCUAAAUUGAAGACCUUGAGAAGAUUGAAUUGCUAUAUUAGGGCUAUUCAAUGUAUGUGUGUUUAUAUGGGUAAAAUACACUCUUAUUUGUAAAGUUAUAAUGAAUACUCAAAAACUUCUGGCUUGUCUUACUUUGAAAGUCAGUUUGUAAUUUUGAAUAGUCUAGACUUUAAAUUCUUCAGUUUUGUUGAAGCUGCACAUGUUCUAUGAGGCUUUUAAACAAAUAGUUGGAAUGGUUGAAUGAUUUACAUUGCCAGUGCCUAGCUAAAUAUGUAGUCUUUAGAAAAGAUGUGGUUUAUUUUGGCAGGAUUUAAAAAACUCAAAUAUUUUAAACAUUUGUUAAGUUCAAGCCUGCACAUUUGAACCAGGAGUAUUCGUUCCAAAAUUGAAUCUCAGGUUACCUGUCUCUUACCCUUUUGUAGAUCGUAAUCCUUUUAUUAAAAUAGUCUUUGAAAAGGUGGCUUUAAAAAACAAUUCAAUGUAAAGGAUUGUCACUGCAUAAAGAAGAAUCAGUAUUAACUAUAAAAAUUAGAAAUGAGGGAAUUUAAAUCCUAUAUUGCUGGUCUAGAUUUCUUUUUCUCUGGCCUAUACUUUCUUCCUCCAAACAUAAGAACCAUUUACACAUCAACAAAAGAAAAGAAAUAUACCCCCCAAAGAAGACAAAAGAAUAUGUGUUGGCAUACUAUACAUAAGGGGAAAAAACCUUAAAAUAUAAAUACUAUAAUAAAAAUAGAGAUAAAAUAUUCUAAAGUACAUUAAUCAGAAUUAUGACCAGUUAUCCAGGUAUUAAAUCAAAUUUCUGCUCUCUUAUGAUUGUUUAUUUUUAUCUGGAUAACCCUUCAACGUAUUUAUGUCUUUUUUUUCUCACAUCCCUCUCUUUCUAAAUAAAUAAGUUAUACAGCAUUGAAAACUCUGUUCAGCUUCUUAUCCAUCUUCUGUAUCUAACAUACAAAGUAGAAUCUGUGUACCUUUUGAUACCUUUAGUUGAUACUUGUUCUAAGCUUUCUGAGUCUAUUUCUGGACAGAAAUUGAAGAUGUCUUUGAUUAUGUCAAAGAAUUUGUUCUGAUUCUGUUUGGAACCAAUAGCAUCCCAGGAAGCUCUGUAAUAUCAUUUCGGUUUAAAGUCCCUAUUAUUAUAGACUAUCUGCUCAGGAACAGAGACAAAGAGCUCCCUUGUUGUGUCUCUUUGUGUUUGUGUGACUUGGAAUAUUUUGCUCAAUACCACAAAGUCCUUUUGGGCUUCUAUGGAUCUAUCAUAAAAAGCUGUGUUAGUAUGUUUUUUUCCAAAAGAAGCCUGAGUGGGGACUUUCCAUAUUAUAAAGAAGAUAUCCCUAUAAUGUAUCUAUAAUGUAUUUUCCCCAUUGUUAGCAUUUCUGAAUAGAAUCUUGACAAUCCUCACAGUUUCCAAAAAUCCAUAUGAUUCUGGAUGGUUGGUGCUUCAGGUCACAUGUUUCAAUCUGUACGCUGUGGCAAAUUUUUAAAAUUUAAUACCUGCAAAUUAUGGUUUAUUAUAUUUACAACUUAUGGUAUGCCAUGUCUAACAAACAUAGUAUUGAUGUGUUUAAUAAUCAGCUACUUCUGGAUAAUUUGAAAAGCAACCCAUUAUCUCAACAUAGUUGUUAUCAUAUUAGGUGAACCAUUCAAUGCCUACCUUUUCCCAUAGGGCUAAAGGAAAAUCCUUAUCUUAGAAGAAUUCUACUGAUAAGUGGGAGUGAUAUAUCUGACAAAUCUUGCAAUGAACAAUCCACACUUAAGUGUCAGAGUUCAUGGCAAGCCAGUAGAGAGUGUCUCUAGCACGUUUUUUGUUUUUUUUUUACUUCUCAAUUCCUGCAUGAUCUUUGUGUAGAUGAGCUAAAUUGGGGUUGUAGUAAAUGAGAUAUGACGAUGGCCUAACCUUGAGAAACACACCAUUUUAUUCUGAAAGCGCAGGCAAGACAAACCAGGUAUUGUCUGCUUCUGUACAUUUUUUUGAACUAAUUCACAAUCCUCAAGAACUUCAUCUGCUUUGGUGGCUUUGCAAUUUGUGGUCAUCUGGGAGGCUUCAUUGAAUGGCUCCACUCAAUGCCAUUAAUAUUAUUUCAGGAUCACAGUUUCUAUCAAUAUUAAUUACAUUUUAAAAUAUAUUACAGACAUAAAAUAUUUGACUUUUUCAUCCAGAAUUGUGUAUAAUAUUUAAAAAAAACCUACUCAGAUCACAUCAAAUCUUUGUUGUAUGAUAAAGGUUUCAGACUUAAGCUUACUGUUAAGGUAUUCAUUGUACUAUUACUCUAUGCAUGUGUGCAGGUACACAUAUUGAAAAAAUAGAUAACUACCAGAAAUAGAAAAAAACUAUUAGUUCUGUAUAAUCUUUUUCUUUUUAUAUAUGUGCCUAUUUACAAUAUUUGUAGACAUUUAGGCCCCCUUAGAAGGGAGACUGUAAGCGAUUAUAUUUGUUAUGCCACAUGAUGCAUUGUAUGCAUGGCAACUAUUCUUGCUUAAAUUGGUUGACUUCUAUUGUGUAUAUAUGAUAUAGUUCUGCCAUUAUGGCAUAUUCUCCAAAUUUAAGUUCCCAAUCAGUCAUUAACAGAAUUGUAUCUUUCUUCCAGUGUUGACUAAAAUUUAUUCUCACUGCUGUAAGCAUAUAUCUCAUUAAAUUAUGUUUCUCAUUGAGUUUUAUAAGAUAAUAUCUAGUAAGAAAAAUUGCGAUUUCAUUUCAGAGUUUAGUUUUCUGUAUGUCUUUCUAGUACUUUUGGAGUUUUUACAUGAGCAGCACAUGUGACAAAAUGUUCCUUCUAUUUCAUGGUAUUUUCAGCAUUUAUUACUGUAUGAUUUAUCUAUCAUAGAUAUUAUUGCUGGAAGUUGUAUAGCAUCUGUAGAAUAUUUUGCAACAAUUUUGCUUUAUAAUUUGAUGUAAAUUUUACAGAUUUACUCUGUAAUUCUUCCCAUUGCUGUGUUGUAACUAUUUCUUUAACAAUUUUCAUCCAUUUUGUUGUAGGUUUUUUUGUUUGUUUGUCUUUGUAUCAUGGCAAAGUAAAAGUUUAUUUAUGUGCCCUAAUAAAUAGCUUUGGUUUGGUAUGAGCA